AUGGGGAAACCAGCCAUCGUCCUCAGCAGGAAGGUUGAAACACCUUUCGAGGUGGAAUACUACCGUCCUCCACAAGGAUUCAUUGGGGAACGAAUGCCGGCGGGAGUCAAAACCAAAGACGGAUUUCCAGAGGAAAUCGAGGAUAACUCCAUGUUCCCUGCAGGAGUAUCACAUCACACAAAAACCCCGGCUUCAUCGUCACCUCCACCACCGCCCUUCAAUCCAAAACUUCCUUCACCAGACCCUCCUCCAUCGUCAGGGAAGGGGAAGAACCGGCGCCGACGCCAAAAACGUUCUAGCAUUAUCUCUACGAAACAAAUACCUUCAACCUCAGCUGUGCCCUUGUCCGUUCGAGUUGCGCCGCCUACUCAAUCUACAACAGGAACAUCAAACCCUCAUCCAGUCGCUACCCAGCACAGCGGUAGCUUGUUUGACCGUAUGGCUCCUGGGCCAUCCGGAGGAUUCAAGGAAACUCCACCACCAACCGUUGGAAAAUCCAAACGCAGAAGAAACUCUUCUCCUCCGCCUUCUUCAUCAGAUUCGUCGUCAGACGACGAUUUCUCCCCUCCUCCUAAUCCAGCACCAGCUGUCUCUGGGGCACCAGCCAUCUCUGGGUCGGACGGGGAUGACGAUGACGGCUUGGCUCCGUUCUUGGCUCACAAUGAGCAUCUCUCCCCCAAAGCAUUUACUCCUCUAUCUCGAGAAGUCCAAAAAAUCACACUCUUGUAUAAAUCAAACAUCAAAAAAUAUGUCUCGCUUUUCAAUUCCUGUGGCAAUAAACCAGGCAACUGGCAUAACUCCCUCACAAGAGACCUUCUGGAGUAUAAUUUUGUGGAUCUUCGAAAAUUGUAUGGCGAAGUUUCAUCCUCCACCCCCUCGGAAUCCUUCCUUAAGGUUAACAAUUCCGGCAAACUCAAGAGUAUCGAUGGUGCCACACCUAAAGAUAUCAACGACAACAACCAUUGGAAGGACCUCAUGGGGGUACUACGACAUGCAUACAUCGCGGCGUAUCCCCCAGCGGCAAACUCCAUCAAAAAGUACUUCGAUUACAUUUUCGGGUUGCCGGGACUCUUCCAAGCAAAGGUCAACUGGGAAGAUGUUAGAGACUUCGACGUCGAGCUCAGAAAAGAAUUUUCAUCCAGGCCAUGGCUGGUGUGGGGAGACUACACCCACGACAGCUUACGAGGCAUCGACAAUCGAGUCCUUUACAGUGCAGCCAGCCGAUUUUCUCGCUCUCACAGAACCUCAGCUUCAACCCCUUUGGCGCCUCGCAUCACUACCGAGCCGGAGAGCUAUCAGUCCACUUCGUCACGCCCUGCUCCAGCAAAGAAAACCAAAGGCAAACGAAAGAAACCAAACUAUGAGGUCAAACCGGCAAAAAAUUUGGAUGCAAUGGCUCUCAUCAAGGAAGCCGAGAGCACAAAUGAACCAAACGGACGACGCUAUCUGCGAGGCCUGGAAAUCGACGAACUCUCCGACGGGUUCUCAGCCUCAGUCGAAUCAUCCUUAAAGGCUGAGCCUUUACCAUCCCCACCUUCGCUCUCCUCGGACCCCCUAGCAGCUUACGCCAUCGAACGCAGGCCGGACCUGUUCUCCAUCAGCUGCCCAAUCAACGUAACCAACCUCUCAUUUUUACUAACCAACCAUCCAAAUCGGCCAUUUGUCGACUCAGUAUUGCAGGGCCUAACCAAAGGCUUCUGGCCAAUCUCAUCGCUACCCUCCAACGAAACUACCUGCCCUAACAACCACGUGUCCAAUAAAGAAGAAGAACAAAUUCUUGAAAAGGCAUGA